GCCGGCAGCCAGCUCCGGGAGCCGGCUCCCCAAGAGUGGGGUCCGGGCUGCGGAGAGGCGGCCUGGGACCCCGCGGCGCCCUGGGCCUCGGAGCGGCGGACUCGAGCUUCUGACGAGCUCAUUGACGCAGGAUGGGAAACCACGCGGGAAAGCGGGAGUUGAGCGCGGAGAAGGGCGACAAGGACGGAGAGAGCAGCGCAGGAGAGCCUGACAAGAAGAAGGACAUGCGCCCGCUCUCCCGCGAGGCCUCGGAAGAUAACGAGGUGUUCGGGGAGGCAGAUGUGGAGCAGAACAAUGGGACCCCCUCUCAGGACACAGCGGUGACAGACUCCAAGCGCACAGCGGACCCAAAGAAUGCCUGGCAGGACGCCAACCCAGCUGACCCCGGGGGCCGCCCCCACUUGAUCCGCCUCUUUUCCCGAGAUGCUCCGGGCAGAGAGGACAACACCUUCAAAGACAGGCCCUCGGAGUCAGACGAGCUCCAGACCAUCCAAGAGGACAGUGCAGCCACUCCCGAGGGCCUGGAUGUGAUGGCGUCACAGAAAAGACCCUCCCAGAGGCACGGAUCCAAGUACCUGGCAUCAGCGAGUGCCAUGGACCACGCCAGGCACGCCUUCCUCCCGAGGCACAGGGACACGGGCAUCCUCGACUCCCUCGGGCGCUUCUUUGGCGGUGACAGGGGUGUGCCCAAGCGGGGCUCAGGCAAGGUGCCCUGGUUCAAGCAGAGACGGAGCCCUGUGCCCUCUCAUGCCCGCAGCCAGCCUGGGCUGUGCACCAUGUACCAGGAUGGACAUCACGCGGCGAGAACUGCCCACUACGGCUCCCUGCCUCAGAAGCCGCAGCACGGCCGGCCCCAAGAUGAGAACCCCGUAGUGCACUUCUUCAAGAACAUUGUGACACCACGCACACCUCCUCCGUCGCAAGGAAAGGGGCGAGGACUGUCUCUCAGCAGAUUUAGCUGGGGAGGCGAGGGGCAGAAGCCAGGAUUUGGCUACGGACGCCGAGCUCCAGCUCACAAGGGGUUCAAGGGGGCCCAUGACGCCCAGGGCACGCUCUCCAAAAUCUUCAAGCUGGGAGGAAGAGACAGUCGUUCCGGAUCCCCCAUGGCGAGACGCUGAAGCCCUCCCCUGGGGUCCCCGAAUCCUGUCCUCAGCUUCUUAAUACAACUGCCUUACGAAUUUAAUACCG